AUGGCGGAAGAGGCCGAGGCUCCCGAGUACAGAGUCCAGGUGGAUAGCUUUGAACCUGCACGUCGCGGACGUCAUGUGAUCUACACACUGAUCAUCCGAAGGGGCAGCGCGCAGUGGCCCAUUCGACGGCGAUUCCGGCAGGUCGUGAAGCUGCACGAGCAGCUCGUUCAGGGUUUUGGCAGGUCUUCCAUGAAGGAAGGGUUGCCGAGACUGCCACCGAAGUUGACCUACAGAUCCAUCUUCUGCGGACAGCAGGAUCAGCGGUUUCUGCAACUGCGGGCCAUGCAACUGCAAGAGUACUUCGAGGCACUUCUGCGGUACAUCCCCUAUGUGGAUCAGUGCGAGGCUCUUCGGGAAUUUCUCUGCAGCGUCGAUGUGAGUAACAUGAGCUACGAUGCCCUGCUCGACUUGGAGCAGGCCCUGGGGCGCGGGAGCCCCGGGCGACGCAUCGACGCGGCGCUCAUCGCCGCGCUGCCGAAGCGGAGCGACCGCCGGAGCGAGGCUUCGCCCAGCCAUCAGAGCGGCUGCUGCGUCAUCUGCCAGGAGCUGAUGCUGAAGAGCGAAGACAUCCGUGUGCUGCCGUGCGGCCAUGAGUAUCACUACGAGUGCAUCUCGCAGUGGAUCCCGGAGAGUAACACCUGCUGUGUGUGUCACGGCUUGGCCAUUGAAACCCCUGCUUCCGGGGACGAAGCAGAGGCCGAUGACUGCUGA